CUCUGUGUCUUUUUUCUGUCUCAGUCCAUCCAGUCCAUCUAUCCUUAUUCAUUUAUAUUCGUAUCGCUCUGUCUGUCAAGUAGAUAGCCUAAAAAAAGAAUAGGCAUUGUGGACCCUAUAUUGAGGGUGACAAAUUUAAAUUGCAAAAAACUAGAAAUAAAUUGUUUUUCCUGAAAGAUACUUCAAAGUACUGAAGUUGCUUGCAUUCAUAAUUCCUCAAGCAGUUAAUUGCGUUGUUUUGAUUAAUCGUUUAGUUUUGCAUCGUGGACGCGGUGUGCCCAAUACUUUUUAAUUUGAGAUCGAGUGACAUAACCUGUACGCAAAAUAUGUGAUGCUUUGAAGUAUUUAAAAGAAAAUCUUACCAAUUCAGUUAUAUGCAUUUACUCAAAUACGUUGAAAUAAAAAUAAAAUUAUGAGAGACCUUAAAGAAAUCUCUCGAAAAAAUCGAGAGUAUAUGGAGAGAAAUAAUCCUUGUUUAUCGGAAGAGCAGCUAUCCAAGAAAUGCAUUGAAGAGAACAAUUACGAUUACGAUAAAUGUACCCUGUAUUUUGAGAAUGUUAAAAGUUGCCGAGAAUUCUGGGAGAGCGUAAAGAUGGAAAGAAGAGUCAAGGGAAUUAGGCCUUACCUUCCAUAUCCCGAUGAGCGUGCACAGAUUAAAGCAGAACAUCUAAGAAAUCAGUCGCAAAAGAGUUGAUAUAAAACCUAAUACAUACAAUCCUAAUUGUACUUUUAGUUUUUUUAGUCAUUAGAGCAGGUCUAGCAUCAUAGAAUAGUUUUGAAACGUAUUAUAAAAGGGAUGUUGCGUGAAAAAAAGUAGAAUAAGCUGCCUAAUUCAAUUCUUACGAUUCUCAUUACGAAUUAUAUCGAAAUAAACGCUCAAUUGUUUGGA